UCCAAUCGGUGCGAAAACUGCGAAGAAAUCCGAGAAAAAGACUGCGACCGCGAAACAGGCCAAACCCAACCAUCCUCCGACUUCAGAGAUGGUUAAUAACGCCAUCAAAGAUUUGAAAGAAAGAAGUGGAUCGUCAUUGCAGGCCAUCAAGAAAUUUAUAGCUUCCAACUAUAAAGUAGAUUCGGAAAAGUUGGCUCCUUUCAUUAAGAAAUACCUCAAAUCAGCUGUGCAAUCUGGAUCUUUAGUUCAGACAAAAGGAAAAGGCGCAUCUGGUUCGUUCAAAUUGGCAGCUGGUGGUUCGACAUCGGGAUCCCAGAAGAAAGUGAUUAAAAAAGCCACCUCCAAGUCCAAAGAUGAUCUUAAAAAAUCCACUUCGGCAUCAGCUGUGGUGACCGACAAGAAGAAAAAGAAGUCUACUGUUGCCAAAAAACAAGCCGCUGUAACGAAAACGAAGAAAGCAGUUGCAACAACCGAGAAGAAGAGCCCCAAAGCCGCCAAAUCCCCUUCUAAAGCUAGGAUCUUAGGGCUUGAUGUGCUCUGA